UUAAAUUGAAAUCAGUCAGCAAUUUGCUCCGAUUCGGGGUAGUGUAUUUUAUUGUGUUUAAUUUCUUUUACUUUUGCUGACCGGUUGGUGUUUUUUCUGAAAAUGAAAGUCGUCGGCUUCAUCGAGACGUUCGUCUUUCUUUUGAGCUUAAGCGCAUGUCUCAAAUUGAGUUUCGCUGUAAGUACACCAUGUGCACUUCGUCCUUCCCCAUAUGGAUCGGUAUGUGUUUGCAAUGUCACCUACUGCGAUUAUCUGGAUCCAAUGAGUCCUGUAGGUGUUGAUGGUUUCGUUCUAACCUCGUCAAGCAAAAUGGGUUUACGGUUUUCAUCAAAAUUGGGUCAGUAUUCUGACAAAACGGUAGUGGUAAAAGACUAUGCAGAGCAGAAUGAGAUUAUACAAGAACCCAUGGUAGUAUUGCUCAACAGAGGAAAUAGAAUAGAAAAAUUGGAAUCGAGAGCUUCAAAGCGAAAGGUGACAAUUAAAGUUGAGCGAAAGACGAAAUACCAGAAAAUAGUUGGUUUUGGUGGUGCAUUCACCGGUGCAGUAUCCCAUAUUUUGGAAGGUUUACCUCAUGAAUUACAGGAUGCUGUAUAUCAAUCAUUAUAUUCAAAGAAAGGAAUUGGUUUUACUAUGAUGCGUAUGCCAAUUGGAGGGUGUGAUUUUGAUUUGGAACCUUGGGCAUAUAACGAAUUACCAGAAGAUGAUACGAAUUUGUCAAAUUUUACACAAUUACAUUAUCUAGAUGAAAAGAAGAUUAAACAAAUUGAACGAUUAAAAUCCGUUGCAAAUAUUCAAAAUAUAAAAAUUUUGGCAGCUGCCUGGAGUCCACCAAAAUGGAUGAAAACUAGAAAGUCAUGGAAUGGACUUAGUUUUCUUAAGAAGAAUUAUUAUCAAACGUGGGCUGAUUAUCAUCUCAAAUUUCUCGAACUAAUGGAAGCUAAAAAUAUGCCGAUUUGGGCCAUCACAACCGGCAACGAGCCAUUGAAUGGCGUUUUCGGUUGGGUUUUUGUACAUUUCAUGAGUCUUGGUUGGACACCAAGCAGUCAAGCUAAGUGGUUGGCAGAUAAUUUAGGACCAACUAUACGUAAUUCAAAAUUCAAAGAUGUCAAAAUAUUCAGCAAUGAUGAUCAAAGGUAUACGUUUCCGUUUUGGUUCAAGGCGAUGAAUGAAUCGAGAAAAGAAUCUAUAAACUAUUUGGAUGGAUUGGCUAUGCAUUGGUAUUGGGAUGAAUAUUUUGGGCCAAGUUUGAUUGAUGAAGCCCAUGAACUUAUGCCUGACAAACUGAUUUUUAAUACAGAAUCUUGUAUUGGUGACAAACCUCUGCAGACACAUGGACCUGAAUUGGGAUCUUGGGAGCGGGCCGAGAAGUAUGCACAUUCUUAUUUGGAAGAUUUGCAGCAUUCUUUUAAUGGAUACAUUGAUUGGAAUUUGAUUUUGAAUGAACAAGGUGGACCGAGUUAUGUUGAUAAUUUUGUGGAUUCACCUGUUAUUGUCAAUGUUACAAGUGGCCAGGAAAUAUACAAACAACCAAUUCACUAUGUGAUCGGUCAUUUUUCAAAAUUCAUUCCCGAAGGAUCAAUAAGGAUAGAGGCUGAACGUUCGAAUAUAAAUAUUGUGACUGCUGCAUUUGAACGUCCCGACGGAACCAUUAGCUGUGUCUUCUUCAAUAGUGCGCAAGUUGAAGUAGUGGUUACUCUGGCUGAUAGUAUCCGAGGCAACAUUGAGAUUACUAUUCCACCAAAAUCGUUACACACAAUUGAGUAUAAUUAAAACUUGUGAUGGAGGAGGAGUCUAGGUCUAAGAGUCUGUCGAAGGGACAGAGGAUCAAUGAGAUUAUGCUGUGCAUUAAAAUUGAAUUUAUUUUGAAGACUUGCAACAAAGUAACAUUGAUGGUAUUUUAUUUUAGACAAAAUAAUGUUAAUGGUUGGCUUUUGCUUUUCGUAUGUGAAAAGUGAACAAAUUUUAUGACCAGCUAAAUUAAAUUUAAUUGGAUUAUUAAAAUGCUUAUAUACACUGUGUGUAGUAAGUAUUCAAUUAAAUUCAAUUUGAUUUGCUAUCUUAUUUGUUGUGUUUUAAUAAAUAUUUGGAAAUUUGA